AUGUUAUCAGAAAGUUUAAAAGAAGUUAGCGAAAAAGGUGGCAUUUUUGAAAAAGAUGAUACUUUUAAUAUAAGUAGUGCAAGUAAACAACUAUUAGAUUAUCAAAAAAUGCUAUCAUAUCAUAAGAUUAAAGCUAUAGAAGAAAAAUAUACAACAAUUAAAAACAUUAAUUUAGGUUUACAAAAAGCAAUUCAAGAAUUAGCAUUAGAAAACGAAAAAUAUAAAUAUACUAUCGAAACCAUUAUAAAAAACAAUAAAUAA